UGUCAAAAACUGUGGUCAAAAAUUGUCGAAUUGGUAUCGGUCUGUGGUCGAACUUCGAAGCGCAAGCGAAAUGGUGAUACGAAAAUAGCACUGCCGAAAUUAUCAAGAUUAAUUCUUGAAAGUUAACUUAUUUUAUAAAAUAACAAGACGCCCCUGCCCACCGCCCAAGAGAGAUAAUGGCGACAUUCGCAUAUGAACAUGACGCUGAGGGUGGUAAAUUUAUACCCGCAACCCAACGACCAGACGGCACUUGGAGAAAACCUAGACGCAUAAAGGAUGGAUAUGUGCCACAGGAAGAAGUCCCUCUUUAUGAGAGUAAAGGCAAGCAGUUCAAGGCGAAGCAGAACACUGGCAUCCCUGUAGGCCUUACUAGUGAAAUAGUGGAGGAGAUGAAGAAAUCUAAGAAAGGCUCCUUCCAGCCCAUACCCGGCAUGAUAAUCAAUGUAGAGAAGAAAAAAAAGAAAAAGAAGACAGCUGUAGAAGAAGCAGCGGAUAAACUUGGGAAAUGUGAAAUAACAGAACCAACAUUCACUAGUCCAUCGCCAGCACCCAGCACAACACCAACACAAUCAGAUCCAGCCAAAAGACUGAAAAACUUAAAAAAGAAAUUAAGAGAAAUCGAGCUUCUUGAGGAAAAAAUCAAAUCUGGAACCCUCAAGAACCCAGAUAAAGAGCAAAAAGAAAAAAUCUCAAAGAAAAAUGACAUAAUCAAAGAAAUAGACACAUUAGAUACUAGUAGUGAAUGACCUAAGCCAAAAUGAAUUUAUUUUAUAAGAUAUUUUAUCAAAGAUCCGUUUUUUUAAAAUUCCAAUUGUCUUAUGUGAAAGUGAUAAAUGCUCACAAAGUUUUAGACAUCAAUGAAAUAACAUUUUAUUUACACCU